AUGGCCGUCAAGGCGUAGUCACAUCACGCUGUAUGACGAUUCUGAUUAAAAUUAAUGUCAAAAACAUUAAAUAUCAAAUUAACUGCAGCAAUAAAGUUUACUGAAUCAAUCAUAAUCCAUUUACUACUUUAAUUAUAGUUCCAUAUUGCUUUAACAGUAGAAUACCGGUUUGAAAACGGUGUCAUAGUCAUAGUGAUGACCAUUUUCAAGAUCGCUUUUACAGAAGAACCGUAGUGAUCGAUACCUCCACGUUGCCGUUCGUUGUUUUUGUACCAGCUUUUUCUAUUAUUUUUUUGAAGACUUUACUUGGUGGAGGAUUUGUCUUUUCCAAACUUCCUUUGAAAUGGUGACAGAUUGUAUUGAUAACUUAAGGUGUAAUGCCCAGUGGACAAGAUGGAGCUCAAAAUGGAACAGAAUGUCAGUCAUUUCAUACAUCUGUGGACUGUGAAGUGGACAGCCCUGAGUCAGGGGAGAUAGAUGGAGCCAGUAUGGAUUCCAUUGUAAACUCUUACAAACAUUCUCACAGAAAUUCCGAAAGCAAAUCCAGGAAAUCUCGCAAGAAGAGACAUUCACACGCAGCUGAAAGUGGAGAAGACGACGAUUCAGUUGCAAUAACAUCAGUGAAGCCUCUUGUUGAAUAUUCUGACGUUAGUUCCGAGGAACUAUCAAGUCCAGAGGCUGGAGAGAUCCAGAGUGAAGAAAGUGUUUUGGACCAAAGCGACGACGAUUCCUCCAUGUCUCGCCGACAGAAUCAUCACAGUCGGCGGAAAGAAGAAAGGUAUAAAUCAGAGAAGUCUUCUUACCAAGGAUCUCCAGGUUCCAAGGAAGCCUCGGGCCUUUCUCCUGCCCGACAGAAAGAGAAGAAAGAAAAGCGCAAGAAACACAGCACGGACAAAUCGCCCAAACUAAUAAAACAAAGUAGUGGUUCUCAAGAUGAAAUACCAGUCAGAGAUAAAGAGAAAAAACAUAAAGACAAAAAACACAAAAAGACCGAAAAGAAGUCCAAACAUAGUCCCUCAAGUUUGAAAAAGAAAAAGAAGAAAUCUAAACAUGCCUCCAAAAGCAGUAGUUUGGAAAAGAGUGCUUCCAGAGACAUAAGCUUGUCGCCAUCGGACGUCAUAGGUAGACCGAGCCCAAACAGAACGUUUUUAGGAGGAUCAAACAAUUUUUCCAAGAACGACUGGGAAGAAGAGGAAGAGCUUCCGAGGAGGAACAAUGGAUCGAGUGUUGAAAAUGAAGGAGAACGAAGGAUCACACCGCCAAUGUUACAGAGAGUCGCGGCGGUCAGCUCCCCUCACACACCACCUCUUCCACCAAAGGCCUACGAGAACUCCAAACUAGACAAGAGGUAUAAACCUCAGACCAGCCCAAGCGGCAGAUCACCAAGUUUGGAAGAAGGUGAGGAACAAAUCGGGUCUCACAGUAUGUCUCGCAGCAGAAGAGCAGAUAGUCUAGAAGAGGGAGAAGAAAGAGGACGAACAAGAAGCAGAACAAGAAGGGAGAGUUUGGAAGAAGGGGAGGAAAGAGGGGAUGACAGGCCUAGAUCCAAACAUCGACUGGAAGAUGGCGAAGAAAGGAGGUCUAGCAGGAGUAGGCACCGUGCGGGAAGUGUAGUUGUAGAGGGGGAAACGGACGAUAGGAGGAGACACAAGAGCAAACACAGACCAGAGAGCUUGGAGGAUGGUGAGGAAAGGAGACAAAGGAGUAAACACACAGCAGAAAGCUAUGAAGAAGAGGAGAGGAGACCUAUAAGGAGAAGAUCUCCAAGCGUAGAGGAACUGAGGAUAAGAAGACGAUCAAUCAGUCCCCCACCAUUCCGCAGGUCUCCUAGUAUUGAUGAGAGGGAGGAGAGGCUAAGGAUUAUGCAUCGAGAGCAGUUGGAAUAUGAAGAAGAACAGGAGAGAAUGAGGUAUGAGCGGGGUACGAUGCGGCGCAUAUAUCGAGGAGACAGUAUGGAAGACUUAGUACGGCUACCCCGACGUAGGAGGACGCCGUCGAUGGAGCGAGACGAGCGAGUACGCUGGGAGGAGUCACCAGUCCGCACAGUGAUACGAAGGAGUGUGUCUCCACCUCACCGCAAACGCAGGAAGGCCGAGAGAGAGCGACGUCGCGACAGCCAUAGAAGAAAGGAGCACAAGGCACGCAAAGAUAGGAAGCGGAGGUCUCGAUCUCGCUCCCCACUCAGGUCUCGGCACUCGCUGUCUCGUAGUCCUGUCAGGGCCAGGAGAAAGGUGAGCAGGUCGCCAGCGCCAGCUCCGGCCAGACACUACAGCAGGUCUCCCAGCUACCCCCGUGACUACCGGGCUAAGAGACCUCGCUCUCGCUCAAAGUCAAAGUCACCAACGUCUAUGCGGCGUGUACGUGAGAUCUCCGCUAAGGUGAAGAUGAGCGAGACCAGCUUGUUUGCUGAGUUGGUUAAGGACAGGAACAUGCGAGAGCUGGCGAUGCGGAGGUUGGCCGCCCUGACAGACCCGGACAGCAACAGUGUGGUGGUGGUAGAGGACAACAACAGUCAGGACAACAACCAGGCGUCAUCCCAGGAGGAGACCACCAGGACACCACCGCGGGUCAACGUCGAUGACAUCCCGGUGCCCAAGAUGGAGACACCUCCUCAACCACCCCAGUCUGGGGAGAACGCAUACCCUCUAGCCAUGGACCCCACGGCACUGUUCCCACAAGACAUGCUUCCCACACUCGGAGUGAAGAGUGACAGUGUAAAACUGGCGACGCCACCCAAAGUGAAUGUGACACUAGACCCGGCCAAGAGACCGAUCGAUGUUGUUAAUAGUGUACAUAGAACUAGUGAUAUCAAAUCGGAACCUAGUGGUUCGGUGGCUGUGAAAAGUGAACCUGAGAAAAAAUCGGUGCUAGUUUCUAAACCUAAAAGUUUAACUAAAUUACCAAUGCCUCCAGGGAUUGAUCAGAAUGAUCUGGAGAGCAUUGAUUCUCCUCCUAGUAAAUCACCUAGUCCGAUACCUGAGAAGAAAACGCCUCCAAAGAAAGGGAUUAAGGAUCUUCCCCUUCCUCCAGUUGUGGCUGGCGUGGAGGAGCUGAGUGGAGAUGAUGAUGUAACUCUGACACCUCCGAGGACCAAGAAACCGGAACGGAGCAGACGGCCGAAGCACGACCCUACCAAGGCACUGACCAAGCCUCGCAUCGUCAACCGCAGAAGGCCACUGACGCAUGUCAUGCUUAACAAUGACUGGGGUGAACGCUGUGUCGACGUCUUCGAAGUCAUCACACAGAUUGGAGAGGGCACCUACGGCCAGGUGUACAAAGCUCGAGAUAAGCGCACUGGUGAGUUGGUGGCAUUGAAAAAGGUUCGACUGGAGAAUGAAAAGGAAGGAUUCCCCAUCACAGCUGUUCGAGAGAUUAAAAUUCUACGUCAGCUAAAUCAUAAGAACAUUGUCAACCUGAGAGAAAUUGUCACUGACAAGUCUGAUGCUCUGGACUUUAGAAAAGACAAGGGAUCCUUCUAUUUGGUGUUCGAGUACAUGGACCAUGACCUGAUGGGGUUGUUGGAGUCAGGAAUGGUCAACUUCAAUGAGCAACACAACGCGUCCAUCAUGAAACAGCUGUUGGACGGGCUCAACUACUGCCACAAGAAAAACUUCCUCCAUCGCGACAUCAAGUGUAGCAACAUCCUCAUGAAUAACAGAGGGGAAGUGAAGUUGGCAGACUUUGGGUUGGCUCGGCUCUACAACGCAGAGGACCGAGAGCGGCCGUACACCAACAAAGUGAUCACCCUGUGGUACCGGCCACCAGAACUGCUGUUAGGUGAAGAGAGGUACGGGCCUGCCAUCGAUGUGUGGAGCUGCGGUUGUAUCCUCGGUGAACUGUUCCUCAAAAAACCUCUGUUCCAGGCCAACGUGGAGAUUAUGCAAUUGGAAAUCAUCUCCCGGCUUUGUGGGACGCCUACACCAGCUGUGUGGCCCUCUGUGAUAGAACUGCCACUGUGGCUCACACUCAAGCCAAAGAAGACACACCGUAGGCGGCUGCGCGAGGAGUUUGUCUUCAUGCCGUCGUCCGCUCUCGACUUGCUGGACAAAAUGUUGGAGCUAGACCCAAACAAGCGAAUCACAGCUGAGCAAGCCCUCAAGUCCGCCUGGCUCAAGAAUGUCAAUCCUGAACGUAUGGUGGCUCCUGAGUUGCCGACAUGGCAGGACUGUCACGAGCUAUGGAGUAAGAAGCGCAGACGGCAGAUGCGCGAAGCCGAGCUUACAGGGAAACCUAUGCCAUCAAAGAUGCAAACAAGAAUGCAUCCCUACGAUGAGAAUAUGGAAAAUGCUGGGGGCGGAUCGUCUUGUUCUCCCCUUCAAAGAAGGAUCCUAGGAGACAGCUCAUCUAAAGCCCUGAAGAUGGAGGCAGGCUUCAUGAGCAGAGAGAUGUAUCAUCCCGCGGGACCUCAGGCUAUGCUUGAAUCACCAUUGGAGACCAAUACUCCGCCACAGCCUGCGUCCAGGGUCAACGCAGGGGUUAGGCCGAUGUCCAUAUCCACCUCCUCAAACCACAGUGAGUCAAGGACUCCUCCCAUAGUGGGUGAGGGUGGUGGAGGGGAAGACCUACUGCAGAAUCAGCUGUCUGGCAUAGCUCACGCACUGUUGUCUCGGCAACCCAUCAGAGUACAACAGCUGAUGUCGCUGCAUAGUGACAAGGAGGUGGAUCCGAUGACGUACCAGCUGACUGACAGUCUACGCUCUGAGCUGAGACAAGCGGCUGGGGCCAACUCGCACAAACCCCAGAAGUUGGAUCCGAAACAGCAUGUUUUCUAUCCUCAAGUGAGCGGUGCCGCAGGUGAGAGCGGGUUUGACGCUCACGCAGUCUACGCUGGGGACAACGCGGUGAGUGCUGGCGCACGCUCUAGUCUUGCCACCGAGGGCGUGCGGAACACACUGGCUGCUCUGUUGAACAGAUACAACCACCAGCAAGCCGCCCAGUCCCUACAUACAGGAUGACAAUGGUUCUAGUCUGAUACUGUAUCUCUUGAAUGGUCAACCCUCAAGAGGGAUGCUGGAAGAUCGACAGUUCGUCCCUCCAAGCAUUCCACUUCUUGAGCGACUGACAUGUACAAAUAUGUUUUGUAAAAAUUUUCAAGACACGAGUAGUUGUAGCUAUAAGUAGCUGGACAGGAGUUUGUUUUGUUUUAUAAUGCCUGACUUAUAUCUGUGACUUAUGACUGUUCAUAAUUUUAUUGUUUUAAUGUUUUGUAAAUAGUACGGAAUCGAAAUAAUUUUAUUGUAUUAUAUUUUGGAGGGUUUCCAUUCUCUGGAUCAAGUGGUGUGCAUUACUACUUGUUAAUAAAGAGAAUAUUACCAAAAGAUA